GCCGGGACUAUGGAGGGGCAGAGCGGCCGUUGCAAGAUCGUGGUGGUGGGGGACGCAGAGUGCGGCAAGACGGCGCUGCUGCAGGUGUUCGCCAAGGACGCCUACCCCGGGAGUUAUGUCCCCACCGUGUUUGAGAACUACACCGCCAGCUUCGAGAUCGACCAGCGCCGCAUUGAGCUCAACAUGUGGGACACUUCAGGUUCUUCGUACUACGAUAAUGUCCGGCCUCUGGCCUAUCCUGACUCAGACGCCGUGCUCAUCUGCUUCGACAUUAGCCGGCCAGAAACACUGGACAGUGUCCUCAAGAAGUGGCAAGGGGAGGCUCAGGAGUUCUGCCCCAACGCCAAGGUUGUGCUUGUUGGCUGCAAACUGGACAUGAGGACCGACCUGGCCACGCUGAGGGAGCUGUCCAAGCAGAGGCUUAUCCCGGUUACCCAUGAGCAGGGCACUGUUCUGGCCAAGCAGGUGGGGGCCGUGUCCUACGUUGAGUGCUCUUCCCGGUCCUCUGAGCGCAGCGUCAGGGAUGUCUUCCACGUGGCCACAGUGGCCUCCCUUGGCCGUGGCCACAGGCAGCUGCGCCGUACUGACUCACGCAGGGGACUGCAGCGAUCAGCCCAGCUUUCAGGGCGGCCAGACAGAGGGAGCGAGGGCGAGAUGCACAAGGAUAGAGCCAAGAGCUGCAACCUCAUGUGAGGGGCUGGGGAGGGGCGGCCGGGCAACAGGUUCCUUCUGACCUCCUGACCCCAGCUGGGUGGCCAGGGGCAGCAGGAUCCAUUCUCCUGAGCAGGGGGGCUGGAGGGCAGAGAGGUGUCCCCGGUCCCCACAGUCACCCCUCCGUCUCCACUGGAAGUCGAGGGGGCUAACGGGGAGCAGGUAUCAGCUGCAUGAACUGGGGUGUGGCAUAUGGGGGCUAGGAGAUCUGGCAACAGCAAUGACCUUGACUGAGUCUUAUAUUUGAAGGGUACCUUUCCUCCCCGUAGCCUGGCUGGCUUCCUUCCCUCGGGAAAGUGUCCAUCCCACGAUUUUCUCUUCCGCUCCUCUCACUUCUACAGCUGUUCUCACACCUCCUAACCUCCAGGCCACAUGCACUACAUUAAAAUGCAAGGAGAAGCCCCACCCCACCCCACCAGUCCCAGCUGCCCGUCCCCUGCACCCCUAGUCCCCCAAUAAAGCCCAUGUCCAUGGAAAACGGCUGUGGCUUUAGUUUUAUUGCUUG